AUGAUUUCUCUUAAAACAUCUCUUUACGUUACCAGCCGGGAUAGAGAAAUGGACGAACAUCUUGAUGUGAACGAUACAGCCAAUUCGGAACUAAAUAAAAAUAUAAAGAAAAGCUAUAAUAAAAUGCACAUCUCUUCCAGUGGAAAUUCCGCAGAAGCAAUGAGUAACCAAGAAGUACGUGGAAAUAAUAUGAGGGUAAUUUGCCAUCCUUCUCCCAAGACACAGCCGGAAGGUGCGUUACCAGAACACCGCCCAGCAUCUCGACAUGAGUCAAUGAAUAAAAAAGUCUCGUUUCCUGAAAGACCUGGGACCUCUAUGUCUAAAUCCGGAUCAGCAAGACCUAGAUCAUCAAGACACGGAGCCGGGCAUAAACUGAAAGCCAACCAAGCGUCCAGCGGGGAAGAAGAUGAUGAAGUUCUUUCUGAUUUGUUGGGUACAGUCCGGCAGUAUGCCCAAGAAAUUCGUGAAAUGUAUGCCCCAAUGAAGAAAGAUGAAGAAGAAAGGACGCAGAGAAGGAAACAUCGAAACAGUAGACGAAAAAGCAAAGAAUUGAAUAAGGACCAUGCAGAGCAAACUGACAAACGCAGAUCGUCUCAUUUUCACCUAGAAGUUCGCGCGGAGAUUCAUAAAUUAGAAGAUUCUACAUCUGAUAACACUUUCGAGAGAGGAAAAUUAAAACAAGGGAUGUCGACGAAUUCAAGGAGUCACCAAACAUCACCAACCAAUCAUGCGGCUUCUCUGCAAGUUGAGGAAGUCAAUCUCUCCAGUUCAUGGCCAAGAAGCAACCAGAUGUCAACAUCCCUAGAGCGAUACUGGUCGGAUGUAAACGGUACCAAACACAAACCAGUCACUUCUUCGUCUCCAAAGGCUUACAACCGAUCUAAGACUCCGUCAGACUGGAAUGAAGCCAUCACAGUUCAACACGAGAAAGAGAUGUUAAACAGAGCAUUUCAGCGAAUUAACAAACCGUAUGGGGAUCCUUUAAUCCGCAACUUCCCUAACAGUAUGCCUGUUUCUCAAAUCCAAGAGCAAUUUCUUGAUUCGCGCCAGAGUGUUAUAGAAGUUGCCAGACAGCAUAAACAAGCCAAACAGUGUGUGUUGCCAAGUAUUAGUAUACUUGCUCCACCUUCAGAUUUCAGAAAAACAUCUCGACGUUCUUCGGGUGGCAUGCUGCCUCUGUUAACAGCAGAAAACAUGAGCUCAGACACAACUAUCAUUCCUUCGGCUCCGUCUCUUGAAGGAGACCAAACGAUGUGA